UCUAGACAAGGAAUGAAUGAAUCUAUCGAAGAAUUGCUUGAGUCAGCGUCUAUGAAUUGCGUCAAUCACACAAACAUAAUAUUGUAGUCGAUAUAUCUAUCGAGAUUUAACUCGUAGAUUGCUCUUGGUAAGUCUGGUUGUUAAAUAGAAGUGAACAAGGUUCGAUGGCAAAUUCAAAAAAUAACUGUAGGUUUAUUGUACAACUAUCUACUACUAACUGAAUGUAAAAUUACAAAAAUCAUUUAAAAUAUUACAACAAUUUAAAUUUUGUAGCAUUUUGUUUUCUUUUUUCAUCAUUGAAAUUCGCUAUCAUGAUUGUAUUUAGAUUCAUAAAAAAAAAGUAGUACCUACCACAGAGUAGUUACGGUCUUAUAAUUGUGUGGUAUUGUAAAAGAACAUUUACUGUAAAGAUACAGUAGGAUUUGUUGAAAGCAGAAUUAUGAACCAAAUCAUCCUCUUUCUAUCAAAUUUCUCUGUUUUGACAGAUGUACCGUGUCUAUUAUAUUAUUACAUGAAAUUUAUGAGUAAUAACAAAUUUAGAUAGAUAUGGAAUAUGAAUAUGAAAACGGAUGUCUAAGAAAUAUAUUCCGUUCAUUUGUAUGUGUAACACUCACUUUGUUGCUCGGGCUGCAGGUGUAUGCAUAUUUUUGGGGACCGUCACAAGAUGUUCUUGAAGGAGAUUUUUCCGAUAUACGAUAUGUCGUGAUGCAACUCACCCAGGGCCUAACUGAGGUGAAUCGUAAGCACGAGCGUCUCCAAGGCGAAAUGGAGCAGAUAUCAUCCGCCCUGCCAGCAGUGGCGGCCGCGGCAGAUCGAGCCAAGGACGCGUUACAGCCGUCUUUACGUCGUAGUAGUCGAAAUAACGUCAAUAUACAGGACUAUGACAGACAGAUGGUGGAUUAUGCGCUCGAAUCCGCCGGAGCUCGGAUUUUAGAUACGGGAGAUACAUUGGAACAUGUUAUAUACGAGUCCCCAGUAAGCUGGGCUCUUCACACUCUUGUAGGCAUAGUGUGUAGUGAAUGUCUUGGCGCCCGAGCUAUACUCCGCCCGGAAUCCUUGCCCGGAGAGUGCUGGGCGUUCAAAGGAUCUCGAGGUGAAGUUACUAUUCGGCUGUUGGGCACUGUACGACUAACAGGGAUUAGCGUUGAACAUAUACCACCUCACAUAGCUCCUACAAGAGAAAUAUCAUCUGCUCCGCGCCUAUUUCAAAUCGAGGGUUUGGAGUUUCGAAAAGAUCCGUUUCCACAUGAUUUCGGCAGUUUCGAGUACGACAAAGAGGGUAAACCAAUCCAGUACUUCCAGGUAAUGCAUCCCUCCCUGAAGGGCUAUAGUAUAGUGCGAUUACGUGUAUUGAGUAAUUGGGGGCAUCCUGUUUACACUUGCGUAUAUCGUAUUAGAGUACACGGAGAUUUGGUGACACGCAGUUCCGUAACAGAGGACUAUGAUUUACGUAUUGAAAAUGAAUAAUUUU